AUGGACGAAGCAGCUUCUGAGUUUGCAACCAAAGGGGAGAUUGUUUCUGAUCUCUCUUUUUGGGAUUUGGCAAACUUGGCUCGUGAUAGAGGUUCUCCUGAUGUGUUAGCUACUUUUUUGGUAGUUGCUUGGGGAAUAUGGAACAGGAGAAAUAAAUUUAUUUAUGAGGAUGCAUCUCUGAAUAUUAAUACUGCUGUUAAUAAUGCCUUGUCAUUAAAACAAGAGUAUACUAAGGUGCAGGUUUUUCCUGGGUUUGAUAAAAGGAUCAAUCAUGUUGUGUAUUGGCAUCCCCCUCCAAUAGGUUGUCUGAAAUUAAAUGUUGAUGGUGCUACAUUUAGUGACUCUUUUUCUGCUGGGGUUGGGGUUAUUUUGAGAGAUCAUAAUGGGGAUGUUGUGGUAGCUGCUAGUAAGGUGAAAAGGGAGGUUUCUUCAGUUGAAUUUAUUGAAGCCAUUACUUUGUUGAGAGGCCUACAACUGUGUGCUCAAUGGGGAGUACCAAAAAUCAUAUUAGAAUCUGAUUCUUUGAUUCUUGUCAACUGUUUGAAUGAAGAUGUUGAGUGUCUAACGGAGUUUGAUUUCCUUUUACAAGAUAUUCGAAGGCUUAUGCAUGGUUUUGAAGAAACAAGACUUGAGCAUGUCCAUCGAUUGGGUAAUGGUGCUGGCCAUCAAUUGGCAAGAUAUGCAAGGGAAGUUGAAGACAUUGUUAUGUGGUGGGAUUCAUGUCCUUCUUUUCUUGUACUUCACAUGCCAGCAGCAAGACAGUUCCAAACUACACAUAGUGAGGAGAACCGAAAUGAAGUGAUGGAGGCAAGGUUUGUAGAGAUGGAAGAGAUGAUAAAGAAGCUUGCAGAAGAGACACGAAUGCCUCGCUAG